CAAGCUCCUUACUAGAUGAUUCGAUUGCCGUGAAAACCGCCGCUGCAUCUGCCUUCGCGGGCUUGGCACGAAGGGCCGAGGAUCGUGUCGCAAUCGCGAAAAUUGUCGAAGGCAAGCUCCUGCCUUCAGCAGGAGGUUCUAAUACAACAGGAGCCUCCUCUUCUUCUUCUUCGGGUCCUGCUUCCACUACAGCACCGGUUGUACAACUUGUAGCGACCAAGAGCAAGACAGGAGCCCCACCAGCAACCGGCGUUGAUGGGGCUGCGAUAGAACAAGAUGGAGCACCAGGCUCUCCAACGUCCUCUUCCUCAUCGAUACCUUCAGCGGCCGCGGGAGGAGCAGUUCCCUCGUCGAGUACGCAGCAUCAAGAACAGCAGGAAACUGUUCUGCACACGCCGACGGAUCUUGGCUUCUUGGAGACCUCCGCCAAAGCACUGAGUGAGAUUCAUCGUCGUGGUUGCGAUUUACGCUCCUUGAACUUGAGAGACAGGCUUGCAUCGCAGAGUUACUUCCACCGCUUUCAUAGCUUAGAGCGCAUACAUCGUGAGUGGAACGCCCUGUGGCUGGAGCUAGGCUUCAGCGUGCGGCAGGCUAUCACGCUGGAGCCGAUUGUGGAGGUGAUCACCGUGUUUUUAGAUUCGCAAGACCGGCCUACUCGAAUGCAGGCCUGUCGAGCGACCGUCCAGCUGGCGAAAGACUUGAUCGGUGCUAGUACAUCUUCAUCCAUAAAUAGGAUGAACAGCAAUAGCGCUUCUGCUGGAUCUGGAACGUCGAGCGAUGCUGGUUUGGCGUCCACGUCUCCACAAGACCUUCCUACCCCAGCUGCUGCCGCAAGACCUAGUACUGCAACAUCUGCGGUGGAAGACUUGCCCGAUUUUCUGCCAGAACUUUUGAAACUUGCAGAUAGCUUACUUGCGAGCGUGGAGAAAUACAAGCUUUCUUUUGCCGGGGCCAGCGUCAUCCUGCGCGCUCUCAUCGAUCUAAGAAUGGGUCUUAACAGAAUUUUCUCUGACGUGGGCACGGCAGCAGUGGGCCUACCAUCGGAUGCGAGGGAUUUAGUGAACCGAAGGAAUGGUACUUAGGGAAACCCUACUCUGCCAUUCUUCUUGUUCUUGUUCGUCUACAACAUUAUAUCGUGAGCAAUGUUACCUGAGCUUGUGCAGGUUAUUCUUGCUGUCGUCCGAUAAUAUCUGUCAUUCGUGUACUAGAACAACUAGUUCAUGUAGAAGGACACGUCGACCGUCGUGAUCUAUAAGAAAAUUGAUUUGUUGCUGGUAGAAAGAUUCACCUUUCAAAUACGUAAAAAGUUGACGUUUCUUCACUUUAGAAGUCAUUGCGAUCGCCCAACAAUAAAGUCAAACUAUUUAUCAGGUGACUUUUCCGCCACAGAGCUGCGACAGAAGGACAUUCAGCUCUGCUUGGACAUGGUCGAAGCCAGUAGAUCUUCCGACACUGACCGAUCGGAAGCUAUUUCUAUUUUGUCUGAUCUCGUGGAGUCAUUACAGCUAUUCUCACACCUUCCGCCGAACCGCGUGGAGGGUAUCUACAAUUUUUUGGCGAAAAAGUUCGACAGAAAGGAGGCUGAGCUCAAGGACGAGGCAGAAAAAACCUUUGCAGCGUUCACGCCCAAAGUUCGGGGACGCGCGGAUGCCGAAAAGCUUCUCACACCUCUGUUUGAACUCUGGUCCUGCUUGUACGAGAACUCAUCUGGACCUACUUCUACUUCUCAAACUACGACGACGAGCGGGGGUGGAGCCAGCAGUUCUACUUCUCGAACGUUUUUUGCAGACUUAGGUUCCUACCUCGGUGCUUGGUUACUGGAGUACGACCACGGGACUGGGACGCUAAAAGUAACCCUUUUGCGCGCGUUGUGCCGCGUCCUCAUACUAGGGCUCAUUUUCAUUCGUUAAACUAAGUAAGAUUUUUUUUCUCAAUCUCGGACUCACUUUCAUAUUGCUCAUGCUUUUUUGUUUCUACUAUAUCUUUUCCUUUGUUCUUCUUUGUCUUCAUAAAAUGCCUCAACAACAAGGGAACCCUGAAGGUUGCUGAAGACAUGAUUAAACAUUCAGUGGGAAGAUUAAUCGCUCGAGAACAUCGAACCUUGAACCUCACUCAAGAACGUCGUCUGAAGCUCUAAUCAUGCACUUGAAGAAACAAUUCGCGAGGUCCGGUGCAACUGCCCUGGAAGAACUUACGACUGCAUCGAAAGCUGGAGUAUCCGCGUCAGGAGGUUCAUACUGGGCGGAAGUCCUCGCUCGCGUCUAUGCUACCGCGAACGACGAAUGGUCGCGUGUCCGCAAAGCCGGCUUUGCGCUUUUGUUAAGGCAAGAAAUCUCUACUAGGUCUAGAGAAAGGUUAAAGGACGAGGUGGCGAGAUUUUGAUUUUAUUCUAUUUGACGAAUGACGUGGUCGACGUACACGCAAGAUGAUCCCAUAUUUAUAAAUAUUGGCGUUUCAUGAUCUAAGUAGAUUUUCUUCAUUGAUCCACAGAACUGCACCAUUUGUAGAUUUAAUAUCAGCUUCGAAACUACUAGUUCAUUUUUACAACUUUUAGUCUUCGAGAUCUUUGCGCUACUUCAAAUUUCUCAUCUUCUAAUAUAUGAUGCAUUUGCAGGGAUACAGGAACUUCGUUCUCUGAUCACGCUCGAAAGCCUUACCACUUUCCUCGACAACCUCGAAGGAAACGCAGAAUUCUAUGAGGAGCUGCAAGAAACUCAUGUUAAGGCUCUAGUCACUAACUCAUCUUUCAAGUGCAUCCUUGAAACGUAUGAGGGAGUAUUGUAGGGGAGUGCUCUCCUAUACCUUUCAGUGAUGCAACUGCAAGAUGAAAGAAUAAGGGAUAGCUCUAAUCAUGCGGCUCAAAUCCAAGCUCUACAGUCACUAAAGCGUGAGCUGCAGGGAUAGUGGUAGUGCAGGCUUGUUUUUCAUUAGAUGCGAUGCAACCGCAACGAGAACGACUUAUUGUCUAGUACAACUGUAGAAGUUGUCGUGCUCGUGCUCGUUUUUUUUUUUGGCGGGAACUUGUGCUUCAUCAUGUCAGGAUAUCUCGGUGGGCUAAGCGUGGACGACUGAAAGACCGCCCAGGUCUUCUACCUGAUUUGAGAAUGAUGUUUUGUUGAUAGGGCGGUGAAGGUGUUGUCAAUCACAAUGACUCCUCUUUUUUCGCCCGCGCUUUGUUGUACUUGUAGGUUUGAGUAAAGACCGCGAGCCUUGAUAGCCAUGAAAGUCUGACGCCACGCAGCACGGUGAUAUUUUUGCGACAUGUGAUGAAGCUUGAGCUACACCAUUUCGUGAAGAUGCUAGC